AUUAGUAGCCCCCGCCGCCUGGCGCUCAGUGCACAGUCGCGCUUUCGCUGCCGGUCAAGAUGCGGCUGCCCCUUCUCGUCCUGGCCGUGGCCGCGGCCGCCCUGGCCAGCCCCAAGGACCCGAGGGGCCUCCACGCCGACAACGACACCCCCGGCAGCGACUUCAACGGCCCGACCUUCGACCUCCCAAAGGACUUCCUGAUCGGCGCGGGCACGGCCGCCUUGCAGAUCGAGGGGUCGGACGCUGAGGACGGCAAAAGCCCCAGUGUGCUAAGCUCGCUGGUGGAGAACCUAGCCACGGCGAACCUCACCUCAGACUCGCCUUGGUACGGCAUGGACCCCCCGGGGAUGGCGGCGGACUCCUACCACCGCUACAAGGAGGACGUCAAGAUGGCCAAGGCCCUCAAGCUCCAGAUUUACCGGUUCUCCGUGUCGUGGCCGCGCAUCCUCCCUGACGGCGACCCCAGCAAACCCAACCCGCUCGGCGUGCAGUACUACAACAACCUCAUCAACGAGCUGAAGGCCAACGGCAUCGAGCCAAUGAUCACCAUGAACCACUUCGACUACCCGCUCUCGGUGCUGGUGAAGACGGGCGGCUGGGUGGACAAGAGGAUCGUGGACAUGUUCACCGACUACGCCGACUUCCUGUUCAAGACGUUCGGCGACAGGGUGAAGUGGUGGACGACCGUCAACGAGCCCAACUACUACUGCACGAACUUCGCGCUCAUCCCGGUGCCGGGGCUGUACGAGCGGCAGCCGGGCGACGACUACAAGUGCGUGCACCACACCAUCCUGGCGCACAUGAGGGCCUACCGCCUCUACGAGGAGCGGUACAGGAAGGACCAGGGCGGCAAAAUUGGCGCGGCGGCGCUGACGCUGUGGUGCAGCCCCAACUCGACGUCGUACGAGGACAUCCAGGCCGCCGAGCGCGCCAACCUGUUCGCGCUGGGCUCCAUCUACCACCCCGUGGUGUACGGCGACUACCCGGAGGCCCUGCGCCAGCGCGUCGACCACUACAGCGCGCUGGAGGGCCGCACCGAGUCCAGGCUGCCCCACUUCAGCGAGGAGGAGAAGAAGCUGCUGAAGGGCUGCGCCGACUUCCUCUGCUUCAACGCGUACAUGGGCACGACGGUGGCCGACGGCACCUACGCGGCGCGGCCCACGGCGGCGGAGGGCGGCGGCACCAUCCAGUCCGACCGGGACGCCAUCGAGGUCGGCUCCAACACCAUUCCCGGAAAGUUCGGGGACCUGUUCGAGAGGGCCAACCCCUGGGUGCUGCGGGAGGCGCCCAAGUGGAUCCACGAGAACUACAACAUGCCCAUCUUCAUCACGGAGAACGGCUGGGGCGACCAGAGGGUCGGCGACGCCAAGCACGACGGGCCCAGAGUGGGCUACCACAGCGCCUACUUGGAGCAGCUCAUUCGUGCCCACAACGAGGAGAACGUGCAGGUGGUGGGCUACCUGGUGUGGAGCCUGCUGGACAGCUACGAGUUCACCGCCAACUUCGGGCGCAAGUUCGGGCUGGUGCACGUGGACUACGAGGGCGGCACUCGAGACCGCUCGCUCAAGGACUCGGCCUGGUUCUUCCAGUACAUCGGCACGCACCGCAAGGUGCCCAAAGUGGCCUUCACCUUCGACCCCGACGCUUCGGGUGCCGCCAGCACCGCGCCCACGCUCGCCGUCACGGCCCUCGUCGUCGCGGCGCUCGCCGUCUGCCGGAUUUAGGUUCAAAAUAAAUAUUUAAGUAAAAAACAGUAAAUGAAAAAAAAAAUAAAUAUGAAAAUGGUCCAAUGA